CAUUCAUACACUAUGGACACUUUAGACAUGCCAAUCAACCUACCAUGCAUGUCUUUGGACUGGGGGAGGAAACCGGAGUGCCCGGAGGAAACCCCCGCAGCAUGGGGAGAACAUGCAAACUCCGCACACACAGGGCCAUGGUGGGAUUCGAACCCCCAACCCUGGAGGUGUGAGGCGAACGUGCCAACCACUAAGCCUAUUAUUAUUAUUAUUAUUAUUAUUAUUAUUAUUAUUAUGGCAGUUGCAGUUGAAGGAAUCCUCUUUGUAUGGGUGUGAUGCUCAGGUGUCCACAUACUUUUGGCUAUAUAGUGUAUGACCAGCAAACUGACUGAAGGAUGUUUUCAAGAAAAACAGUGUAGCUGCUUUAAAACUAAUCUUCUAACAGUCUAAAAUUUACGUUUGACAUAAAAACCACGUUAAUUCAUUUCAUCGGUUUAAAAAACCUUUAAUUUGAAUUUUUUUUUCUACUUCCACAUUAUUCUACAUUAUUCCACGUAGCAUUUUUUUCCUCUUCAUUCGGCAUAAAAUAGCGCAAAGAGUCCGUCGAUGGUUCGUCCUUCAGAAUGCACUGCGACAGUGUACUGGAUUACCCAUGAGGCCCUGUACUGCGACAGUGUACUGCAUUACCCAUGAGGCCUUGCACUGCCACAGUGUACUGCAUUACCCAUGAGGCCCUGCACUGGACGCUGGAUGCAGGACGCGCGUGCAUGUGACGUAUUAAAUUUCAGCCGGGAGAAUCAAAGUAGCGUACAGCAAAACAUACUGAAGUCUGACAGGCGUGAACGAAGGCAACAUGCAGAGGAAUAGUCGUCUGAAACGCGAGCUGCAGAUGCUCAGUACCGAGCCUCCGCCUGGAGUUUCCUGCUGGCAGCUGGAGGAGAAAGUGGAGGAGCUGCAGGCCCAAAUUGUUGGAGGUGCCAACACUCCAUAUGAUGGUGGCCUGUUUACACUGGAAAUAAAGAUCCCUGACAGGUAUCCAUUUGAACCUCCCAAAAUGCGCUUCCUGACGCCCAUCUACCACCCCAAUAUUGAUAACGCAGGCCGUAUUUGUCUUGAUAUACUGAAAUUGCCACCCAAGGGAGCAUGGAGGCCCUCACUGAACAUCUCUACAGUGUUGAGCUCAGUACAGCUUCUCAUGGCAGAACCGAACCCAGAUGACCCACUAAUGGCAGAUAUUUCCUCAGAAUUUAAAUACAACAAAGUAGUAUAUCUGGAGAAGGCACAAAGGUGGACGGCGAAAUACGCAACGCAAAAGAACAAGGGACAUGUGGAAGCAGAACAGACGAUUCUUGAAGACCGAAGCAAUAAAAAUGCACCAAAGAGAGAAGCACUUUCGGCACAAGAGAAUGUGGAACCGCCCAAAAAAGUGUGCAUGUAGUUGUGUGUAUUAGUCGUCUUAAGAUUAUUAUUUGUGUUCAUGUACGUCUUACCUGUGUGCAUAUUUUUAAGUUCAAAAUGUUAAUAAAAUCUUAAACAUAACAGGCUGCCCGUGGGUCCUUUAAAAUGUCUUAAAUUCCUAAAUGUAAAUAAGGCCUUAAUUAGCAUUAAAAUGUCUUAAAUCCACGCUUCAAAGGUGUUAAAAUGCAACAGACACCGUAAAAAAUAUUUAGAUUUUAUUUUGGCUUGUUACUUUUUGAGAUGGUAAACCUGUGUCUGUGUUGCACUCAGU